AUGGAUAAAGAAAUUGGGUCAGGAGAAGAAGAUGAAAAUGGUGAAGAAAUCAAUGAAUCUGCUAUAAAAAUUUUGCGUAAUAUUUCAGAUAUCUACUCUAAAAGUGAAGAUGACACUUAUUCACAUGCUCCAUCAUCGUCUAAUCUUAAUCAAUUAGAAAAAGAAUUUAAAAUUGCUAUUUCAGAUUCUUUAAAUAAAUAUUGGCUUGAUUUUUGUGAAGUUGGAUUAGUGGCUACCCUCUUAGACCCCAAAAACCAAAAAAAUGUCAGCCAUCUUAAUAUUACUAGCGAUGAUCAACUACAACAAACAUCAACAUUAAUAACUACUGAAAUAACACAAAAUUCAUUUUUUGAAAGUAUUUUCGGAGUACAAGAUUAA